AUGGAUUACCAGAAUAGAGUGGGGUCUAAGAAAGGCAGCGGAGGCGUUGCUGGCAACGCUGAAACCAACCAGUACCGCCGAGAACGGCUGCGGCAGCUGAUGUUGUCGCAGAUCGACCUCGACAACGACCCUUAUGUGUUUAAAAACCACAUGGGCAUGCUGGAGUGCCGUUUAUGUCUCACUACACACCUUUCAGAGAGCUCGUACGUGACACACACGCACGGGAAGAAACACCAGACGGCGUUAAUGAGACGUGCAGAGCUCGAUAAGAAGCCAGUCAAACAGGAACAGGGAAAAGUCGUUGGGAUAUCUGCGAUUCCUAAGAAAAAGUAUACAAAGAUCGGGCGACCAGCUUACAAAGUGACCAAAAUCAGAGACCAAGAUACGUUCCAGAAAGGCCUGUUGUUCCAGGUCCAGCUUCCGGAGCUGGCGAGCGGAGUGAAACCGAAAUACCGGCUGAUGUCGUGCUUUGAGCAGAAAAUCGAGCCAUUGAAUACCAACUUCCAGUACUUGGUGGUCAGCGGCGAACCGUACGAGAAUAUCGGGUUCAAGAUCCCUAGCGAGCCGAUUGAUAUGGCAGAGGGACGGAUCUGGGAUUUCUGGGACAACGACACCAAGGAAUAUUUCGUGCAACUGUUCUAUUCGGACAAGAAUUGA